CUCCAGCUAAACUUUCGUGACGGUGUUAUCACUAGCAAACUUAUCAACAAAAAAUGAAAACAUUUGGAUUUGGAAAGUAAAGUUGAAAGUGGAAGUUUUCUAGUCUACAGGUGAAGUUCAAUUUGUGCAAAGUACGAUUUUCAAACUUGAAACUGGCGAUGCUGAACAAUUGAACAUUACGAAACAAUCUAAGGAAGUACCUACCUACAUACAAUCGAGUUCCGCCAUAGUACAUAGUAGGUUGAAGAGUCAGGAAAUUAAAAAUGAAAUUCCAAGUUUGUUCGAGUAUCGCCGAUUUGUGUAUUUUGCGAUGAAUUCCGGUUUGAAAAGACGAUACCCUUCCGGAGAUGGCUCAGAUUACAUCGUUCAACGGAAAAAGCUCAAACAUUCGACCAUCAAUUCGGUGAGAAAAUCUUUGAAUGCUAGUGAACCGAAAGGAGAUGUUAUCCAAGCUUUGCAUAUGGUAUUUAUUGAUAAUUCAUUCAAUUUCGAGGUAUUUCAGCUCACUAAUUCGGUUCAUAAAUUCGUAUGCUACUUGAACAUCGAAGGUUAUUCUUUCAUCGGUUAUGGAAAUAGUAAAACUUUAGCCAAAAGUUCAGCUUCCAAGGUUGCGUUGAACUAUUUGAUAGAGGAUUUCAAAAACAAUAAUGACGGUUUUCAAAGUUUUUUGAUCGCUGAUCCGUACUCAUGUAUCCAGAAUAACGUCAAUUCGUCCGAUAUUUUAGCUGGUUUAGUGAUACAGAAAUAUGAAGAACUGAAGAACCAAUUCAAAAAUAAUUUACCAUGGUAUAAAAUGAUCGCCGGUAUUGUGAUGGUACAUGGAGAAGAUUAUGCUAACGCGAAAGUGGUAACUUUAUCCACUGGCAGCAAAUGUAUCGAUCGACAAUACAUACAGCACGAUGGUUCAGUAAUUAUAGACUCACACGCGGAGAUUUUAUCAAGAAGGGCAUUCUUAAGAUUUUUAUACAACAACGUAGAAAACAAAGUUGACUCAAUUUUUGAAUCUGUACCUGACAGUGAUAAACUUAGACUUCGUGAGCAUCUAUCAUUUUAUUUAUUUGUAAAUUCAGCUCCGUGUGGGGACUGUAGAAUUUUCGCUGUGUCUACUGGCGAUACGAAAGAUCGGCAUCCGAACAGAACUUCUCGAGGAUUGUUGCGUGUAAAACUGGACGGCGGAAACAGCACAGUGCCGGUGAAUAAUUAUUCGAAAUACGAAGCUGAUGGAAGAAUAAUGGUGAUGUCUUGUUCGGAUAAAUUACUGAAAAUGAAUUUCCUCGGAGUACAGGGCGCUUUAUUGAGUUAUUUUAUAGAACCUGUGUAUUUCCGAGGAAUUAUCGUGGGCGAUCUGUACCAUGACUCGCACGUGAAACGUGCACUCUAUGGACGUAUUGAAGGGAACAAUGACGCGAUUUCUCAUUUUUCACUUCAUAAACUUUCCGUUAGUGGAACAUCCACCGAUAUUAAAAUGGUCUCCAAAUCUCCAAAAACCAGUAUUAAUUGGGUAAUACACGAACCGGUCGAAAUUUUGAAUUCGGUGAAUGGAAAAAUACCAUCCAAAGAAAAGUCUCGUUUAAGUAAACGUAGUCUAUUUGAAAAAUUUCUCUCGAUUUAUAGCAAGAUGAAAAUAUCUGAGAAAAAAGGCGAGAAUUAUUUUUAUGAUUCGUUUAAAACGAAUGCUCGAAGUUACCAAAAUGCAAAAAAUUCUUUCAUGAAUAUUUUAGAAAAUAGAAAAUUGGGCCGGUGGAUCAACAGAAACCCCUCAUUAGAUAAAUUCCAAAUUUCUUAUUCAUUUGUGAGGUGAUCCUUCAAUUUUCCUGUUUGAGAUUUCUCUCGAAAUUGUUUUCUCCCUCGUUGAUUUGUGAUAUACUCCGAAGACGUAUGUACUUGUA